CUGCCUCAUAAUUUGCCCUGACUGUGGGCAGGAAGGUUCCGGCAUCUGGGAUUGGCUGCUUAUCAGAGCACACACCUGACUGGCUGCUUAUCAGAGCACACAACUGAUAGGAGAAACUACAGAGAUCCAAAGUUAUGAGGUAAAGGGAGAUAGACCACACACACAGAGAGAGAGACACAGAGGGGCAUAGAGGAACACGCACACACACUCGCACAGAGACGCACAGACACAGGAACAUACCGACACAAAGACAACAAGGACACGCAGCCAUACUGACAGGAACACAGAGACUCAAAGACACACACACACAGGGGCGCUCACACACACGCAUGCACUCUAGCAACACCUAGCAACGCCUACACUUCCCAUCCAACCCAACCACACACACACACACACACACACUUACAGAGCGGCAUGAGUACCCCGCAGCUGAGACCAGAGCUGGUGAACGGCCACAGCUCAGCAGCGAAGAGCCACAUACAACUGCACGGAAUGCAAGAGGGGGUGACGGGAUUGAUCCGGACGUCUCUGGACGCUAAGGAGUUUGCCUACUGCCCCUACAGCAAGUUCCGAGUGGGGGCCGCUGUGUUGGCGCGCGACGGGAAAGUUUUCACAGGCUGUAAUGUGGAAAACGCCUGCUACAACCUGGGCAUUUGUGCGGAGAGGAACGCCAUCUCCAAAGCGGUCUCAGAGGGAUACAGGGACUUCAAAGCCAUCGCCAUUGCCAGCGAUAUGACUGACCAGUUCAUCUCACCUUGCGGAGGUUGCCGGCAGUUUAUGAGGGAGUUUGGGGCCAGUUUGGACGUGUACAUGUCCAAACCUGACGGCUCCUAUGAGGAGACGACGGUCGAUGCACUGCUGCCACGAUCCUUUGGACCCGAGGACCUCCAGAUGAAGAAAGAGUAACGCAUUCCCAACGAGUUCUGAUGCAGUUACCAGGAGUUCUAAUGUAGGCUACUUAUCCAAAGAUCACGCAUAAGAACUUAAAAAACUGGUGCUUUGAUGUCAGUAUGACAAAGCAGCGUUGCAUAGAUGAUGACGUUUGUGUGUUCCCUGAUUCACAUGUGGUUCUUACCCAUUUUUAAUGACAACAUUUUAAAACCUUUCCUUCAUUUUGAAGGAAAUUACCAUCACCUUUCACAACCUACAAGUACACACAUGUGCGUACUUUACUCCACAGGUUGGGCCAAAUCAUUAAAUGAAAAUGAAACAAGAUUUCCAUUCCUUUUCUAAUAGGCUAGUUUUUGUGAAAAAAUGGAAACUGAAUUAUGCUGCAGAAAUUCACACAACAAAACAUUAUUCAUGGCGGAGUACGAUAACAUAGAAACAUAAAGCCAUUUCAUGUCUUUUCCAAAACGUUCAAUACAUUUGCUGAAUAUCAUGACCUUUCCAGGCCUGGAAAAGGGGAUUUUAAAAUUCCAUCACUUGUGUGUAAACGUGUGCAAUUAUCUAUGUAUUUAGAAUAAUAUAUGUCUGAAUAUAAAUAAGACAAUUUAAGAUUGAUUGUAUACUGAAAUAAACCCAUUGAAGUAGUAUUUGCAGUGUGUUUUGUGCUUUUACUUAAGACUUCACUCCAUUAACAGCUGACUUGCAAUCCUGAACCUGUUCUACAAUUUGCAGUAAUUAUAACCAAGUGGCUACAACUUAACUUGCUUAACUUAACUAGCUUGACGUAGCUGAAAAUUAACUAAAGAAAUUC